UCUACAGCUCUACAGUCUACCCUUCUGUUCUGAUUCUUGUUUUAGGAUUCAUUUCUUAAUGGAGACCAGAGAUCCAAUGCAUUUGGAAACUGAACCGGCAACAGCCUCCACUGCCACAUCUCAGGCUUACAAAAAUGGAGAGCCAGGACUCCACAGUUUUCAGAGUGAUCCAAUACACCAUAAUGAGCUGAUGCAUUAUGAGGGAUCUGGCUAUGGUCACAAUCCUGUCCUAUACAGGCCAGUGUCUGUCUUUCCACAUCCAGCAGGGUACACAUCCAGUAUGCCGCAAUUUUACACUAGUAGAGGCAUGGCGAAUGCUACUACUGUUAUGCCUGAUCAAGCCCAGUUCAAUUUGAUUCAACGACAACUGUUAUAUGGAAAUCCCAUAAGCAUUGGACAUAAUUUACCGGUAAUAUACCAUUCUCAGGGUCAAAGUAUUGGUGUCCCAGCUGGUUACAACUUAAUCCCUAAUGCAGUUCAAACUGGGUACCUUUACCAUCAAGAACAAUUGUUUGGUAGUUUACAUCCAUGGAAUACAAAUUACAGAUUUCCUGGCCAUGGCGUUGUUCAUAAUGCUGCAAGUUCACACCAGAAUUUGGUUGGUGUCUCAUUGAAUUCUAGCUACGUACAUGGUUGGCCUGGGAUGAACAUCAACCCUGGAAUGAUGCAUGGCACCAAUCCCAGAGCCAAUUCAACCCCAUCAAAUCUUCCAGUGCUACAAUGCCAUUCACGGCAACAUUUUCCUGUUCCAGUUGGCAGGGCCCUUGGUCUAGAGUAUCACCUAGGUGCAAGACUAAAUGAAGAUUCUAAUAGGUGCAUUCAAGAUCCCACCACUGGUUCAAGACCAUUGAGUCACAGCCAUGGUGGUUUGUCUCCUAUGGAUCUGGCUAGGUUCUCUAGGGUGGGUUUGACAAAUACUUCUCUUUCAAGGAUCCCCAAUGAACAGAAUUCUUUUGAACUACAACAUGCUCAUGAGAAUAUCAUCAGAAUGUUGCCAACUGAACCUUCUGCAGUUCUGCCUACAGUUUGGGCCAGACAAAGCACCAAUAUGGAAAAUCCAUCAGGUGAACACAGUCAAGCUCAAAGGAACCAGCUAGACCACUUCAACCAAACUUCUGUUCCACCUGUUAGGAGGAAUACAAAGCAAACAGCUUCAGCUUCUGGCCAGGUUUCAUGGAAAAAGACCUGGACCUGGCCUUCUAAUAGGAUACAUAAACCAUCCAAGGGAAACGUUUAUCAUAUCAGCUGGGAUGGUUUUGAUAAAUCCUAUCUGCCAGUUGGCUUGAAGUGUAAUUUUUGCAAUGGGGAUCUUGGAUAUACACCAGUAAAGAUCGAAUCCAAGCCUCCUGUUCUUCCUGAAGUUUCUGUUCUUUCUUGUGGCCAUGCCUUCCACUCCGAGUGUUUCCAGCCUCUUAUACAAGAGCCAUCUGCAGAUCCACCAUGCUACAUAUGCGCCCUUGGCAAACCUUGAAUAUCAUCAUCAUCAUCAUCCAUUUUUACAAUUUUUCUUCAAAAUUUCUCAAAUGGCUUUUGUAUAUCAGUUCUUUGAUUCUGUAUUAGAUAAUAGGAAAGGGGAAUAGUAGAAUUAAAAUAGGAAGGGGUAACUUGAUGCAAGCUCACAUUUAGAAGAACAAAAAAGAAAGCAAACAUAUGUAGUGUACAAGGGUGUGUAUAUAUAGCUAUAGAACCUGGGAUUAAACUAAUAUUGCAUCUCUGGCUUUAUCUACCAUGUUUUCUGAUGA